AUGAUGACAUCAGGCCUGGGCACUGCAGCCAAGCUCCAUCAGCUUUGCGUGCUUUCACCUCUGGCUGUGAGCUUCCUCACUGCCUCCAUGCCCUUGCUUGGCUCAGACACCACCAAAUGCUUUAAUGCUUCAGCCACUGGCCACGAGGCCCAGCCCACCACCUGUCCUGGCCUUACUUAUGCAGAUAUUUCAUUCUUUAUUUUCUUCUUAGAUACUCAGUCUAAAAACAGCACAGCCUUGGUGCGUGGCAUCCUGUUUGGUGUCCCUGUCCCCUUUCCCAUUCCUGAGCCUGAUGGUUGUAAGAGUGGAAUCAGCUGCCCCAUCCAGAAAGACAAGACAUACAGCUACCUGAAUAAACUGCCAGUGAAGAAUGAAUACCCCUCGGUAAAACUGGUGGUGGAGUGGCUACUUCAGGAUGAAAAAAACAGAAAUUUCUUCUGCUGGAAAAUCCCAAUAGAGAUCAAAAAAUAGAGAUAUAUGAAGGCUAUAUGUCUGUGUAGGGGUAAGAGGACCUGAAGGGAGGAGAAAUCAGACCUGCUGAACGAGUGCCAUGGGAUAAAAGGAAUCUUGAGACUUCUGUUUUAUGUCUCUCAACUUCCAAAAGUAUCUUAGACUCUUUAUCGUGAGAGCUCAGAAUUGUUGUUUUUAUAAGGCUCUUUUAAAAGGGUAAAGGAAGAAGAAAGAAUGAGACUAUGGAAUUGG